CCGGGAGGCAGGCGGGCUGGCGGACGACGGGCAGGGGUGGCUCCCAGCCCCUUACGACGCGUCCCCUUGCCUUUCUCCUUCGCAGGCGGCGUCUGGCGGCGUGAUGGACCUGACAGGGCUUCUACUGGACGAAGAAGGCACCUUCUCCCUCUCGGGCUUCCAGGACUUCACGUUCCUCCCGGGACACCAGAAGCUGAGCGCGAGGCUCCGAAGGAGACUCUACUAUGGCUGGGACUGGGAGGCCGACUGUAACCUGGAGGAGCUCUCCAGCCCGGUGGCAGACAUUGCUGUGGAGCUGCUCCAGAAGGCAGCCCCCAGCCCUAUCCGGCGACUCCAGAAGAAAUACGUAGCUCAUGUGUCCCGAGAGGCUUGCAUCUCCCCAUGUGCAAUGAUGCUAGCUCUGGUGUACAUUGAGAGGCUCCGGCACCGAAACCCAGACUACCUCCAGCAUGUGUCAUCCUCUGACUUGUUCCUGAUCUCCAUGAUGGUGGCCAGUAAGUACCUCUAUGACGAAGGGGAGGAGGAGGAGGUCUUCAAUGAUGAGUGGGGAGCUGCUGGGGGUGUGGCUGUGCCCACUCUCAAUGCCCUGGAGAGGGGCUUCCUAAGUGCCAUGGAUUGGCGUCUCUACACUGAUCCUCGAGAGAUCUUUGAGGUGCUGAGCUGGCUGGAGAGCUGUGUGGCCGAACAGCAGGGGCGCCGGCGGGGCUGGUACACCUACACGGACCUGUGUGUGCUGCUGGAGCAGCCAGCCUGGCAGCUGGCUCUGGGUUCCCUCUGCCAGCAGCUGGCAAAGCUGUCCUGCCUGUUAGCCAUGGCGUAUGUGAGCAGUGUGGCUCUGGCUGUGGCAUCGGUGUCUGUGAUACACCAGUCCUUGGGACUGUCCUGCAGCCCUCCACCCGGCCCCCCUGACCUUGGACUGGCCUCCAGGGGCCUCUUGGAGCCCUGCAUACCUUCUCCUGUGCCACAGUGCCUGCCAUCUCCUGCGAACAUUUCCAGAUGCCUAGAAGGGGACAUAGGGCUACGUUCAUUCUGGGGAAGUCUUCUGGCCUCCCUGACUCCCCCACCGUUGCCUCCCCCAGACCCACCUGCCCCUCCCACUCUUCCUUAUAGCUGCCGCCUUUGUCAGAAACUUCGGAGAGACUUCCCAAGCUGCCGUGACUGCCACCACACCAACCGUACAGUCUCUCCUGGGCCUCCCAGUCCCUGGCACCACACCCAUGGCUUGGCUCCCCCCUGGCCUUGGAGCCCGAUGCCCCCUCCACUCCCCCAGCCCCAGCAAUGUUCCCUUUUCAGUGUCAUGGAGCUGGCCCGCCUCAAGUCCUUCAUUUUCCCAGGCUAG